GACGGAGGGAGGGCGGGCGGGCCGGCCGGAGGGACUGACAGCCAGCCGAGGACCGGCCCGCCGGGGGCCGGAGCUGCGGGAGUGGGAUCCCCCAGAGCGCUGCCCCUGGGGAUGUCCGACCGGGGUCCCGGAAGCCCAGCGGGAGCCCGGCGCUGAAGGAGCCAUGGCCUUGCCCUUCCAGAAAGAGCGGGAGAAGUACAAGAACCUCGAUGAAGAUGAACUCCUGGGCAAACUCUCGGAAGAGGAACUGAAGCAGCUGGAGAAUGUGCUCGACGACCUGGACCCUAAGAGUGCCCUCCUCCCGGCAGGCUUCCGGCAGAAGGACCAGACUUGUAAGGCGGCCACGGGCCCUUUCGACCGGGAGCAUCUCCUCUCGUACCUGGAGAAGGAAGCGCUGGAGCACCGGGACAGGGAAGACGUCGUCCCCUUCACCGGGGAGAAGAAAGGAAAAGUCUUUAUCCCCAAAGAGAAGCCCGCAGAAACUCACACGGAGGAGAAAGUGACUCUCGAUCCAGAACUGGAAGAAGCUUUGGCUAGCGCCUCCGAUACCGAACUCUACGAUCUGGCAGCUGUCCUCGGAGUGCACAAUUUAGUCAACAACCCCCGGUUCGACGAGGAAGAAGUCAGCAAGACGGGGGGCAAGAUUACUGUGAGAAAUGUGGUCAAGGGGGAGAAGGUGAAGCCGGUUUUUGAGGAGCCCCCCAACCCCACAAACGUGGAGGCCAGUUUGCAGCAGACGAAAGCUAAUGACCCCAGCCUCGUGGAAAUCAACCUCAACAAUAUCAAGAACAUCCCCAUCCCCACCCUGAAGGAGUUUGCCAAGGCCCUGGAGACGAACACCUACGUGACCAAGUUCAGCCUGGCCGCUACGCGCAGCAACGACCCUGUAGCCAUGGCUUUUGCGGACACGCUGAAAGUAAACAAGACGCUGAAAAGUCUGAACCUGGAAUCCAAUUUCAUCACCGGAGCCGGGAUCCUGGCCCUGAUCAAUGCCCUGAAAGAGAACGAGACGCUGACUGAGAUCAAGAUCGAUAACCAGAGGCAGCAGUUGGGAACGGCGGUAGAAAUGGAAAUUGCCCAGAUGCUGGAGGAAAACUCGAUGAUCCUCAAGUUCGGAUACCAGUUUACCAAACAGGGGCCACGCACCAGGGUGGCGGCUGCCAUCACGAAGAACAACGAUCUAGUGCGCAAGAAGCGAGUGGAAGGGGAUCGGCGCUAGGCCGGAGCGCCGGAGCCCCGUUUCAGGCAGCCGUUUUGGGGGGCCCGCCUCAAGCCUCUGAGGGAAGACGUCGGAUGCCGCCUGAGCCGAGGGCGUCGAGCCCGUUCGUCGCCCUCCUCUCCCGCUUUCUGCCUCCGCGACUCCUCCUUUCCGUUUUCUUUCCAGUGCCACCACCUCAUCUUGGGCAGUGCCCGUCACAGACACAUCCACCCGCACCCCCACACCCACCCAAAAGUGCACUGGGAUCCCAGGGACGUCCCCCAAGCCCAGAGGCCGGGGGCCCUUCGCGCCCUGGAGCGGCAGCCUCGUGAGCUUUCGUCGUUUAGUGUUUUGAGUUCCUUUGCGUCUUCCCCCGCUGCGGCAGUCCGUCCUUACCGCGACGGGGGAAACGCCGCCGAUUUUAACCGUGACAGUUGUCAAAGCCUCUCUGGUUCUACCUGCUUUCGAGGUAGGGAGCUGGCUUCAAUCCCAUCCCGCCGACGCUUGGUUUUUCGAUAACAUUCUUCGGGAUGGUUAGAACCGUACGAUGUUGCCAAAUCUCUUCUUCUUAAGCCGGCCCGGUGACCCGGUAGAAAACGUUUACCCUUCUAUAGACCAUUCUGAGCAGUCAGGAGAGAGAAAUGGAUUAAACGGGUGCGGCCGGCUGCCUUUUUUCUACUUGCCCGACACAAGUUAUCUCUCCCCCUCUUGGAGUGGUCGAGGGACUGCUUAUGAGGCUCAUUUAACAUUUUCAGGCACUGUGCUUAGGUUUUGGGUUUUUUAGUUUUUGGGGGGUUUUUUUGCCCUUAAGGAACGUAAGCUGCUGAAGCAACGCAUCGUGUUGAAAUUAACUCCUGGGGCAAACCAGCUGAUCUCUGAACUGCAUGCUUCACUUUUGGGUAAUUUAUAGUCACUUAUAUGUCUCCAACGGUCAGAACGAUCCGUGGGAUCUUUGGCUUGAAGAAUCGUGAAACCUUCCGCCGGGAAGGGCAGUUCUAAAUGAAAGCAAGCACGCCGGAACAGAGGAGGUAGGUUAAGAGUAAAUGGCGUUUAGCCCGCUGUUCCAUAAGUUUCUUUUACGUGGUGCAGACUAUUAAAAGAUGUUAAGGGGAGGGACCUGUCUCUAGACUGUGAGCUCGUUGUGGGCAGAGAAUGUGUCUGUUUGUUGUAAUAGUGUACUUUCCCAAGCGCUUAGUGUUUUGCACACGGUGAGUGCUCAAUAAAUAUGACUGAAUGAA